UUGCAGAAGGAUCUGCUCCGGCGGGAGGGACGAUGCCUGCCAGUCGUCACCGCCGUGUACGGCAGACAACACAGAGAUCGCACAAAGAAACCGCCGCACGGACACCGAAAAGUAGCGGCGAGCCGUAGCGUCGUGUCGCGCGGUGAUGCGUCGCCUCCGUCCCCGCCCCCGCGGCGGUCGCAGCCACCAAGCCCGUGCGCGCAUUUGCUGGCGCUCCGCCACGGCCGCACGCCGCGGGGCCGCAGUCAAUGCGGAGAAAUUCCCUCUCUCGCUCAUUUUCCCCGAGCGCCCCCCACCCCCUCUCUCUCUGACUCUCUCCCUCUACUGCUUGCUAGUGGUAGCUUCUUCAUGCGUGGCCCCCGAGCUUUAUAUAAAUGCCGGGUCGGCGCCUUAAUUCCUCCCCGUCUCGGCCUCUCUCUGACUCUCUCUCCCGUCCACCACCUCUCAGGCUCUCACGCCGGCCAGGCGCCGCCGCUCUGCCUCUGCUCACGCCCGGCAGCAUGCUGCAGGCGGCGAGGUACCUGCUGGGGUCCCCCGGGGCGACGGGGUUUGGGUCCAAGUCGACGGCGGAGGACGUGACGGCGGCGUGCCCGGACCUGGGCGCGGUCACCGCCAUCAUCACCGGCGCCACGUCGGGUAUCGGGGCGGAGACGGCGCGGGUGCUGGCCAAGCGCGGUGCGCGGGUCGUCAUCCCGGCACGGAGCGUCAAGGCCGCGGAGGACAUGCGCGCCCGCAUCCGGGCCGAGUGCCCCGCCGCCGACGUCCUCGUGCUCCCGCUCGACCUCAGCUCGCUCGCCUCAGUCCACGCCUUCGCCGACCGGUUCCUCGCGCUCGGCCUCCCGCUCCACCUCCUCAUAAACAAUGCCGGUAAGUUCUCGCACGGCCAGCUCGCGCUCUCGGAGGACGGCGUUGAGAUGACCUUCGCCACCAACUACCUUGGGCACUUCCUGCUGACGAAGCUGCUGCUGGGGCGCAUGGCGGAGACCGCGGCGGCGACGGGUGUGCAGGGCCGCAUCGUCAACGUGUCGUCCAGCGUGCACGGCUGGUUCGCAGGCGACUGGGCAGAGUACCUUCACCUCGUCACCCGACGCAAGAUACCCUACGACGCGACGCAGGCGUACGCGGUGUCCAAGCUCGCCAACGUGCUGCACACCCGAGAGCUCGCCGCGCGCCUGCAGGAGGCGGGCGCCAACGUGACGGUGAACUGCGUCCACCCGGGCAUCGUCAGGACCCGCCUAAACCGCGACCGCGAAGGCGUCCUCACAGAUCUGGUGUUCUUGCUGCUGUCCAAGCUGCUGAAAACGAUCCCUCAGGCUGCGGCGACCACGUGCUACGUGGCGGCCCACCCGAGGAUGGCCGGCGUGUCCGGCCGCUACUUCGCCGACUGCAACGAGGCGCUGCCGUCGCCGGCCGCCACCAACCGCCAAGAGGCCGCGCGCCUCUGGCAAAUCUCCGAGGCCAUCAUCGACGCCCACCACCACGACCGAAGCGCCGCGCUGCUGUUGCUCCCUGUCCCGGCGCACACAGGUACAGCAGCAUCGCCGCCGCCCCGGCGAACCUGAAACCUGAUGGAGAUAAUCGACGGCCUGCCAUGCGAGAUGUCUGUACAAUACUUCCUACAAUACAAGUAGCAUUAUAAUACAAGUAGUAGUAUACUCCUAUACUGUUAUUAGUAGCAAAUUAGCUGUGCCAUGUUGCACACCACAGAGCGAGGUACGUACCUGUAAUGUAACUUGAUCUUCAGGGCUAUCAGCCAGCUGUGUGUUCCUGUCUUUCCGAGCAGCAUUGCAGAAGCUGGACCAUUUACUUGAGAGUUGAGAGUUGAGACCUGUGUGUGUACAUGGUGGUGGUCGGUCGGCGACAGUAAUACGCAGUGGCAAGUACUAUAUGACGUGCGCUUGCUUUUGUCCUACAGCAGCAGCAUGUGUGCGAUGCAUAUGGUUCCUUAUGUCAG